CAGUGUUCGCUCCCAGGCAGUGUGGUGGAGCAGUUUUGAGCUGCCUGCAGUGUGUAUUUUGGUGUUUCUGCAGAGUUGUGGGAGAAAGGCAAGAGAUAGAGGAGCAGAGCAGCAGACAACUGUGGAUGGAAGGAAGCCGUCAGCACCAUAGUCACCAUUAAUCACCCAGGGCCAUUGUGGUCCUGUCCUCUAUACGGCGCCAGUGCAGGCAGGCAGGCAGACAGAGAGAAAGAAGAAUAGAGGAAGAGGGAGAGAGGGGGCAGGGUGGCUUCAGGGAGAAAGAGGGGGAGAGAAUGGUUGGGGAUCAGCCUGUAUGUCCACCUCAGCACCUACUGCAGGGCUGGGGAGCAGUGUUGCUGUCUCAGUGCUUGUCCUCCGUGUUCUCCCAGGUUCCGGAUCCUGAGCUCUUGCCCACAGAUCCCCCAAAGAAGCCGGACCCCAUCACCUCAGAGUCAGUUGUUUUCUGGGGGCUGCGGUUAUGGCAGGUCAUCGCCAUCUUUUCUGUGUUUAUUUUAGCAAUUGUUAUCGCUCUAUGUUGUAUAUUCAAAUGUAGAAUCCCGAGAACCAAGAAGGAAAUAGAGGCACGGCACAUGCAAAGACAGGCCGCCAAGAAAUACGCCAACACAUUAGAAACAGUGCCACCUCUGAAUGAGCUGACUGAGGUCCCAGGCUCUGCCCCAGAUGCUUCUGCAGUGCAGACAGUCUCCGAGCAUGUCCACACUCAAAGUGCUAACAACAGACAGCCUUCAGUAGUUAGGGUCAGCGAGGAGCAACCCAGCUCCCUCACCUUGCCAGAGACGGGCAAGAAGACCAAGGAGGGCAAGAAAGAGGGCAAGGAUGCCAAAGAAGGAAAAGGAGAUGAAAAGAAUACGUCAACAAAGAAGGGUGAAAAAGGUGAAAAGGGAACAUCCAAGAAAGAUGCUGGUGACGGGAAAGGAAAGAAAUCUGGAGAGAAAGGAGAGAAAGUGGAAAAAGGAGGCAAAGGAGGCAAUGGAGGCAAAGGAGGGGUUAAAGGGGGAGCCAAGAAAGCUCAGAAGUGAACUCUGCCUUCCAUGGACAAACACUGAAAAAUAUAAUUUCAUAUUUUUCACU